AUGACACCAAUCCAAUAUGGCGGCCUCAUUAUGCGAGCGCAAUAUUUAGCGCUCGCCCGCCAAAAGAUAGCCUACUAUGCAGGUUAAACCUUAUUAGAGUUCUGUUAGAGCAAGAAAAAAUGUGUAGCAACAUGCAAGAUAAAUUCAGCCUUUUUGGUCGUGGAUUUAUAGCAGUUCAUGUUGGUAAUGUAUGUCUACUAAAUGUUUAGCGAUAGUAAUAUUCUAAACUUUUCUCACAAGGCAUUCUUUUUCAAGUUUGUUUAGUCUUGAAGAACACACUUCUUGAAAAAGCAGUUGGGUUUCUUCGAACAAGACAAUCAUUGAUAGCCUCAUGAUUGACUGUCGGAAACACUAGCCAGUAUAUGUGUGUUGGGAGUGGUGGCUUGCUCAGUCACAGUGCUUCCGCAUGAGAGGCUUAUUUAAUAGCACUGAAAGCCAUAAUGUGACUGAUUGUUAUUAUUACAAACUGUCACCAGACUGUGAUGAAUCAUUUACGAAUUUCUCUGGUUGAAAAAGCAUUACUAUUAUUAUUAUGUUCAGAUCUCUUGGAUGUAAGUAUAUUUGCUAAUUUUCCUUAACAAGAGAUAUAAAAUCAAGUUAACUCUAUCUCUAGUGCCAACCGAUUGAGAAAAUUGUGUCCAUGGAAGGUUUAAUAUCUUCUUUUUAUUUCAUUUUUUGAAUAUACUUCAUGAACAUCUUCAGGCUUUAUAUUAUCACAAGUUGGCAUACUUGGUAUUGUCACUUAGCAACAAAUAAGUAAGGGAAAUUUUUUUAGUGAAUUAUCAUACUGCAUGUUCAUUUAUUGACAUGUGUUAAAGGAAUUUUUACAGCUAUCAGUAAUCUAACAAACACAAUUGGUAAACUUGUUUACAGUUUAUUGAAAGAAAACUGAACAUGUUAGGAAAAUUGUUACAAGUACUCAGAAUUACUAAAACAAAAAGUAGUGAAAUACCUUGAAAAGUUUUUUCCCCAAUCUUCUGGUACUAAAAUAGCGGGAACAUUUGUCCCUCUUUGACAGAAGAAAUAUUUUGUCAAGAAUGCUUUCAUCUCUGACACAUGUUGUGUUAUUGGUAAGUGACAAUAACAAAUUUAUUAUUUCAGGUGCUGGGUAUCAUUCUGUUUCACACGAAAAUGAGUACAAACAGGCCUGCAGAGCUGCAUGUGCUGAGGUAUAAAUUAUAAUCAAAUCUUUAACUUGUAUACUUCUGAAGUAGAUCCUCCUACAUGGUAUUUCAUUUUUUGCAAGAACUGAGCAUUUGCUGUUGUAACUCAGGUACACAGUAACUCCUACUUGACAAUCUAUGUAUUUCUCAUUUGCUGUUUGUUUGAUAGGGACUGAAAAGUUAAGGAUAAUUAUAUAGUUUAUUCAGCAGAUCAUUAUCUUUCCAGGCCAUGAAAGCUAUCAAACAGGGAUCCUCAGCCAAAGAUGUUGUAAUCACUGCAAUAACAGCUUUAGAGGUAGAAGUUACUGCACAUUUAAAUCCAGAUAUUGAUGAAAUAACUAUCAGCAUGAUACAAGUUAGAAGAUACAUGGCAUCAAUUGGCUACUUUUAGAACAGUUUUUCUUCUCUUGAUAAUACCUUGUGUGUCUUUGUAAGAGGGGAAGGAUAUUACCAAGCACUUGACUUGACUCUGUGUGACAUACCAGAGGAUUUGCUCCAACUGAGGCUUAACACUUGAUAUGUCAGCUUUAGAAUCUCUUAACAGUGAUCAAUUUAUCUUACAGUUACCUUAAAUUAAUCAAAUUAGCUUUUAAUACCCAUUACUGACUUAGCACCACAAAUACUUUUAGAAAUGUACCCUCAAGGGAAACAAUGUCUGCCAUUAUUUUGUUGGUCAACUUUGUCAGCAAUUUAUUAUCUUUGUUCAGGAUUUUCCUUGCACUAAUGCAGGGAUUGGUUCUAACUUAACCAAAUCAGGAACAGUAGAGUGUGAUGCAAGUAUAAUGGAUGGGAAUUCCUCAGCAUUUGGAGCUGUUGGUGCUCUUAAGGGUCAGUGAGGGGAGGAAAUUUUUUUUAUCGUUAAAGUACUGAUGAUCUGAUGUGUUCACUUGUGUAAUCUGGGUUUGAGUAAGGCCUGAAACUACUGGUAGAAGAAUUGACAAGGAAAGUUCAGAUUGAUAGGCUGACUGUAAAACUGACUGAAGGAUUGAGUAUCAAAUUGAGAGCAAGCUCCCAUACAGUGUAAUUCUGGGACCAGUUGAAGAUCAAGUGCAAUGUUGGGGCCUUUGAGAUAACUGUCAUGUGUUUACAGCAAAAAUCUCUUACAGGUUACUGUUGUUACCAAUUGGAGAUGUUAUGAAGUAGCAACAAUACAAACAGACCAACCACUUUACAAUGUUAGGCUGUGAAUUUUAUAGAAUAAUGAUGAUGAUAAUCAUAAUAAUAAUCAUGAUAAUAUAUUCAACUGUGCUGCUUUUUUAUUCUUACAAAAAAAGAGAACUUGGUUGUACAUUUUACCUUUUUAAUAAAGAAAAUUGAUUUGCUACUCUGUGCUCGCCUCUUUGUGAUAGAAAGGAUCCCAUACACAUGAGUAAUUCCAUUAACUUUUUAAUGAAAAACUGAUUUGUUAUCUUGCUUUCCAGGAAUAAGGAAUCCUAUUCAGGUAGCUGGUAAACUGUUGGAGGGGGACAUGUCAGGACCAUCAGUUUUGGGUCUUAUUUCUCCAAUGUAUGUUGUUAUUGUUAUCAUGAGUAUGUUAACAUUGCAACAUAUUCUUGUGUUUGAAGCUGAUUUGCAGACCAUCUCAUCAGCUUUCCCUCCAAACAAAGGAAUUGCUCUCCCUUGUUCUCCCUAAAAACAAAAAUAUUCAAGACAAAUCAAAGUAGAAUUCUUGUUGAUAUGUUUUUGUACUUUUUAUGGGAAUUUCAGACAUGAUAAAUACUGGUAUACUUGUUCAGAUAACAAUUUUGAGAGAUUAUAAGUGAUUGACACUACCCCUCAAGGAGAUGGCUUUAAAAUAAAAUUUUAAUGAAGGAUGCUUUACUGUUGUCUUCCAUGCCAUUGAAGACUGGCAAUAUGAUUCAAGAAUUUGUUCUUUUAAUGUUGCUCUAAAAAUUAUAACAUUUUGUUUGUUUAAUGAUCAGUAUGUUAACUGUGCAGCUGCACUUAUUGACAUUGUUACUUUAAAACAGUUUGAAAUCAUUCAAUCAAUAUCUUUUUUUUUUCAGCUUUCUUGCAGGAGAAGGAGCUUAUCUAUGGGCACUGGAUCAUGGUUUCAUUGCAUGUCGUGAUGAAGACAUGAUCACAGGUGAGUGUGAUUGGUGGUGCUUGAUCUGACAAAACCAUCCUAUGGACCCUAUUUCUGCCUUAUUAUCUUUUUAGUAGUGUUGGGAGAAAAAUUUCAUAUAGCACUAAAGAAAUUGUGUUAAUUUUUAGAGUUUGCUUUUUCAAAAUAUUGUGGAAAAUGUAUUUAUCCAUUUUCAACUCAAUUAAAUAGGAAAUCUUGUAUAAAAUUGAAGGAAGUCUGUGGUUCUGAGUUUUUGUUGUUGUUGUUGUUGUUGUAAAGAUCCUCUUUUCUGAUAUUUGUAUCAUUUUUAAGGAACAACUGUUGCUGAUGAACUAGUUCUUUUGCAAUUUUCUUUCUGUUUAAGCAACCCUUAAAAGACACCUCUUGCACUUAAAAAUAUGCAAUUCUUGCACAAGAUGUAUAAUAACUGAAUGGGCUGAUCAGCUGUAUUGUUUUACUGGUUAUAUAACAUGCCCAGGCAGACAGACUUGUCAUUGGUAAUUUCUGACAUUCCUAUUAUAAAAUUGUUGCAGUUUUGCUAUUUCUUUUUUCUUAAGACAGAAGCAUCCAAACAUGGAAAAGAUGCAAGUCAAGAUUAGAGUUAUCUGAUGUAGAUUAUAAAUCCAAGCCAUGUCCACUUGAAAACCUGUGUAAUGUAUCAAAUGUAAGUAACAGGAGGUUACAUGUUGACCUUAGUGUGUGAUUUUGGCCAAACUUAGUUAGAUUAAGCAUAACUAUGUGUAUUUAAGCAUCUAGUCACAUACUUACAUAAAUUUCACAGUGCAUACUGGCAGUCCUGCUGGACAGGAUCCUAGUUCAUUGUAGAUAACAGUAAGCUUUUCAACAAGCUUCUUCAACCCUUCAGUUCAAGAGAGGCAGCAAGAAGUAGUAUGUUUCCUAAGGACAACUGCAACCUUGAGAUUUUGGAAACUUAUUUUUUUAAUACUAAUCCAUUUCCUUGUAGGAGGGUAACCACAUGGACACUGUUGGUGCAGUUUGUAUGGACAGGCAUGGACACCUCUGUGCUGGUGUUUCCAGUGGUGGUGUUAUUUAUAAAACACCAGGUCGUAUUGGUCAGGUGAAUAAAAAGCUUGCUCCAUACAAAGUUAGGAUUUUUUUUUUUUUCAGAGAAUAUACGGGAGGUUAGAAUAAAUGAACUCUGAUUUCCAACUGGGAAUGUCUGAAGAGAAUUCCCUUUUUUUUCUCACCAAAAACAAAGUAUGCCUUUUUGUAAAAUGUUCUUGUAUUAGGCAAGUGUUUAUGGCUGUGGCUGCUGGGCAACAAGUCGUCAAAUGAACAAAGUUGGAGUGGCCUGUUGUACAUCAGGUUUGAAUUAUUUAGUUUGUUGAAUCCGCAGUUUUUCUGCUCUUUUUCUUUUUUUCACAGAAAUUCAAUCAAAUUAUUGACACAGUUGAUGAAAAUACACAAACUCAUCAGUUACACAGAUUAAGUUGUCAUGAUGUGUAGUUUGAUGUGUAGUUUGGCAAGUUCUGUCAACUAAUUAACAAGGAAAUUUAUAGAAGCCAGAUGAGAGAAUUCAUGAUCAGAUCAUUAAACUGAUGGUCUUAAACAGAUGUAUUGUGUAAUAGCAAUUUUGAAUGUAUAUAGGUUGUGGAGAACAUUUGAUGAAGUCCAUUUUGGCCAAAGAGUGUGCCAGGUUGGCAUCAAGAAGGUGAGCUCUGGACCCUUUAACUCCUCAGAAUGACUAGCAUCUAAUUUCUCCUUACAUUAUCACCCCUGAUUCACACAAUGAAGCCACAAGAAUACAGGAAAUGAUCACCACCUAAAGAAGCUAUUGAUUGUUAACAAAUUCUCCCUGUCAGCAUCCUACGAAAUAUAUAGAGAACAGUAUGGAGAAUAUGCACGCGAAUGUUGAGGUGUAAACAGUUCAUCUUGGUUUUGGUGCUUGAUGUGCAUUCACGUUUGGAACUUAAAAUCAAGAAACACGUUUGACUAAACAUAUUUAUUCGAAAACCUUAAACAUAAUAUAUUUUUUCGCUCACUUGAUGUAAACCAGGGCAAUGAACCCCAGAGGUUUAGUCUUCGGUUUCUUCUCUGUAAAGCUAUUCUAUGUCUUUCCUAUGUUUUUAAAAUUGUGUUUCUUGUUUUAGGGACGCAGUCAGUGCGGUUCAGGAGGGACUUGAGGACGUGUUUUUAGGUGCUACUUUAAUUUUGUAAUUUAACAUUUUUCCAUCUACUUCUGCUAGGCAAUCACUUCCGGAUGGAAUAGGAGAUGUUUGAAAUUGGAAUUCUUCGAAGUAUUUUCCAUUUUCGUUUCGUGGGAAAGUCUGCCCUUAGGAUAUUCUCUACGGCUAGUUAUUUUUUGCAGGUUUCAUUCUUUUUUUUCGCGUUUUUCAGGCGAGAAUAGUCAAGUACGAGGCGAGUGCAAAGAGAACACAAAGUACAAGUCGUGUGCGCGACUUGUUCUUCCUUCCAAUCAUCUUAAGAAUAAAUCAAACAAAAAAGAAAAAGAAUUGCCCUGUUUUACGAGGUGAUUAUAUACAGACUUUCAAACUUUCUGAUAUUACAUGUAUACAUCUCUUUAGGGUCACCUUUCCUUUCAACAGUGGAGCAGAAGUUAGGAGGGGUGCUGCUUCUGCGAGUGGAGGAAGAGGAGACCGCCGAUGGUAAGCCUACCUUGAUGAAAAGGAUUUCGAAUUUUCGUUAUCACCGCUUAUCGUUAGUAAUUUCUUUUCUCAACUAAAUGAAGACGCGUUAUUUUGAAAGUAAGAGUACGUGAAGUUACAAAAUCUUCUGAUUUCCGUCACAGAGUGUUCUUCACUCUUAACAUUUUUUAAGUAGUUGUAUUUUUGUUUUAAUUCAACCAAUUGAACAUCAUUUACAUGUGAAACCCAGGUAAAUCCAAUGUUGAUGAGGUAAUUUGACAGUCGCACACAUUAUUGUAUUCUCAUUAAAUGAAGCAGACAUGCCUCUCUAUUGAUGUUCUCCCUGUUUUGUUUUGCCUAAGAUUGUACGGUUGAUCUUGUCUGGGGUCAUACUACAGAGAGUAUGUGUAUUGGUUACAUGACGGAACAAGAUAAAAGACCACAGGUAUUAACAUUCAUAUUUGAUCUAGUGACCAUCAUUUAUUUGACUCAUAAUUACUGCUUGUGUGCGCUUAGUAUGAGAAGAGGAGGUGCAAAAAUUCUAAAAAUUAUUUCUAUAAUAGCUCGAUGGAAGAUGCGUCUCAUGUAAAGCAUCUAGCAGAAGCAGCGCUCUGACGAUUUAUAAUUCCUUUUUUGUAUUAAGACCAAAUAAAUUUCUGAACGAUUUCUUUCACGGUCUUGUAGGUUCGGCUCUCUCGCCUGCAUAAAGGACAGCAACAUCCCCUGUUAGUCGAGGGAACAGUUUACCGACUACCCCAUAGAUAGUGUCCGUAUUUACAAACAAAACCAUCUCCUUUGUGCUUCCGUCGUUCUUAAGAUGUUAGGCAAUGCUUCCAUUGCGUUACAACCCGAGGAAUGACUGCGAAGGAGAUGUGGUUCCGUGCAUGUCGUACGAGCUCUCUGUAGCCUGAAGCUCUGACAAAUCACCAACUAUUUCAAGCUGGCGACAUCCAGGGUGAACUGAAUCAAGGUCACGAGUAAUCAAAUGAAAUGUAAACUGUGGAUUUGAUUACUAUGGAAACGAAGAUGAGCUCAAUAAUGAUCUGAAUGAAGAAACAGUCUUUAAUAAACAGAGAGAUAUUCUUGAAUAUAUUUAUGUCGUGGUGUUCCCAUCUACAUGUUAGGAAAAAGAGCAGCAUAUUUCCUAGGCUAGAAGAUUUAUCUAGGAGAAAUUGACCAGCUCUUGAUCUCUUGAUUUCUAAAAAUUUACAUGUUACAUCGCUUCUUGACCAAAGGCCUCCCAUAAUACUCAUUCUGUUACGCAGUGUACGAGUUAUGGAGGAUGUUUAGAAAAUCGCUUUUUGUCGUAAACACGCU